AUGGACUACAGCAAUGAGACUCAGACAAUGGAAAGAAAUUGCACAAAUGUACACAGUGUGUCCGCACGGCAGGUUUUGCCUUUAUUCUACUCAAUCCUCUGUGCUUUUGCGUUUAUACUCAAUGGAUUUGCAGCUUGGACAUUCUUCAGAGUUCCAAGCUCCUCAGUCUUGGUGGUUUACCUAAAAAAUAUGGUGGUGGCUGACAUUCUGAUGCUCUUCACAUACCCCUGGCGUGUGGCGAGAGAUCUGGGUUAUGGUGGUUGGCAGUUAAAACUAAUUUUUUGCCGCUACAUUGCUGUACUUUUCUACUUAUGCAUGUACACUGGAAUCGUAUUUAUGAGCCUUAUCAGUUUGGAACGUUAUUUAAAAAUCGUCUGCGGCACGUCAAGCGUAUCGACCCUUCUACAGCGUGUCACUGUGGGGAAGUUUCUGGCGCUCUUAGCAUGGAUUGUUAUGAUCAUCUGUAUGUUGCCAAACUCCAUAUUAACCAACCAGCCCAUUCCUGGGGAUUUUUUCUGCAUGGAACUAAAAAGUUCACUGGGUCAAUACUGGCAUGAAAUUUCUGUCCACUUCAACGUUGGAGUCUUCUGGGUGGCCUUCCUGUUGAUCAUGUUUUGCUACACCUCUAUAGCAUGUCAUGUGUACCGCUCCUACAAAAGGGUGCAACAGGACAGCAGUGAGGCAGGACGACGGUCAAAUCGAAGCAUCUUCUGCUUGCUGGCCGUCUUCGUAUUGUGCUUUGUACCAUAUCACAUUUGCCGUGUGCCCUACACACUCAGCCAAGUCAACGAUUGCAUUAACAACCACUUCAUUCUCUUCCAGAUAAAGGAGGUCACACUCUUCCUUUCCUCACUUAACGUUUGUCUGGAUCCCGUCAUUUACUUCUUAAUGUGCAGAACCUUCAGAGAGUCACUUUUACAAAAGAUGUCUUCAGUUAAUGGUAAAUACAGAAGGCGGAGUAAUCUGUAAAACAGAACAAUGAUGAACAAGACAAACCACACCUGGUUUCCUCAGCAUGAACAGCUUAAACAUUGUGGUGAGGAUGUCAAAUGGAACUAAAGACCACACAGAAAGCUGCUUGUUUUUCA